AUGGCCAACAACAUGAUCAUGGCCUCCUCCAAAGCCCUAAUCACCUGCUCUUCCUCAUCAACCCCUCCUACUCCAAUGCUAGUCAAACUUCCCCAAAGUUCCCUUCCCAAAUUACCCUUACCCAAAUUCCAAAAUACCCAUCAACUACUCAAACUUCCAAAAUCAUCAUUGCCCAUAAUUCUUGCAUCAUCACUCGCCAUGGCACCUCCUUCAUUUGCGGAAGAAAUUGAAAAAGCAUCUCUCUUUGACUUCAACUUAACACUACCCAUCAUCAUGGGAGAGUUCUUGCUACUCAUGUUUGCUUUGGACAAAAUCUACUUCAGCCCAUUGGGUAAAUUCAUGGAUGAAAGGGAUGCUGACAUUAGAGAGAAGCUCAACAGCGUCAAGGACACUUCUGCUGAGGUUAAGCAACUCGAAGACCAGGCUGCAGCUAUCAUGAGGGCCGCCAGAGCUGAGAUUUCUGCUGCUUUGAACAAGAUGAAGAAGGAAACUCAGCUCGAAGUGGAGCAGAAAUUGGCUCAAGGAAGGAAGAAAGUUGAAGCCGAAUUGCAAGAGGCUUUGGCUAAUUUGGACAAGCAAAAGGAAGAGACCAUUAAGUCUCUUGAUUCUCAGAUUGCUGCUCUCAGUGAGGAGAUUGUCAAGAAGGUCCUCCCUGUUUCUUAA